CCGCAGCAAUGUGGGAAUCGACCGCCGUCAGCCGAAAGCCGUAGGCGGCAAGCCAGUUCCAGUAUCAUCAGCAGCAGCAAAUGCUCCACUGCCGACGGUUCCGAAUUCCGGCCCCACGUUGUCCCUCUCCCCUUAAAACCUCCCCAAAACCCUUAAACCCCAGAAUUUACCCCAACCUCCACAUUCUGAAACUCUGGGCAACUAGAUAGUUGGCUGCGGGAAAAUAAAUUCAACUUGGGGCUUGUGCGGGUUUUCCAAUUGGGGGAUCCAACAGAUGAAUGUCGAGGAAGAUGGAGGAGCUCCCAAUAGGGAGCUCUACGCAGUGCUCCAAGUCUCCCCUGAAUCCACCACCGAAGAAAUCAAAAGGGCUUAUCGCAACUGGGCUCAGGUUUAUCACCCCGACAAGUACCAAGACGUUCAUAUGAAGGAGACAGCAACUGAGAACUUUCAAAGGAUAUGUCAAGCGUAUGAAGUGCUAUCAGAUGAGACUAAAAGGCAGAUAUAUGAUAUAUAUGGUUUGGAAGGUUUGAGUGCUGGUUUGGAGCUUGCAACAAGGACCAAUAGAGUCGAAGAGUUAAAGGAAGAGCUCGAGAGAUUGCGGCAGAAGAAGGAAGAAGAAAAGAUGGCAGCACAGUUCAUACCUUCUGGAAUAGUUGUGACUAAUCUGUCCUUGCCCCAGGUUCUGGAUGGCGAUGGCAUCAUGGCUGGAAUGGCUAUGUCUAGUCAAGUUAAUACUAGAUUGUCAAAGCAUACGAAUUUUGCAAUGGGUGGAAAUUUGGAAGUUAAUAACCAUGGUGCUGGUACAGCUGCUUCAACUGUACUUCGACAUCAGCUUUCUUCUGUUCAGUCGAUGGAAUUUCUUGCUCAAGUUGGUUUACAAUCGCUUAUUGGUGUACAAACAACUCGGUAUGUAUCUUCACAUUCAACCGCUACAAUUGGCAUCCGAAAGUCUUUGCAGGAUGGUUCAAUCAAUCUCUCUAAUACCUGGACUAGCCAGCUGUCUCCGACAACAAAUGGGAAUAUACAAUUUGUGCUGGGUGAUCAGUCAUCUGUUGCUGUCGGGUGGCAAAAGAAGGACGAUAAAAUGUCUGCAAGUGGAGAGUUGAAGGUUGGUACACGUUAUUUGGGGGCAUCUGCUCAUUAUGUUCAUCGCUAUUCCUCAGAUUCUCAUGCCCGUAUUGCUGGAAAGUACAACAGUACUACUCUUGAGGUUGAAGUUGGUGGUGGGAGGAAGAUAUCCGAUUUAACCACUGUCCGGAUGAUGUAUGUGAUUGGAAUUCAGGGCAUCUCUUGGAGAUUUGAAAUGCGCCGUGGGUCUCAAAAGUUAGUUAUUCCAGUAUUGCUUUCCACCUAUUUCGAUCCAGCGUUUGCAAUCGGAGCAUUUGUAGUUCCAACAUCUCUGUACUUACUGCUUGAGAAAUUUGUAGCUAAGCCUUAUUUACUUUGGAGGGAAAAGGGUAAAGCUUUAGAAGAUAAACAAAAAACUUCGGCACAGGUACGGGAGGCGAGAAUAUCCGCAGAGAAAUCUCAGCAAUUAUUACGAAUUGUGGCAGACAGGAAGAAGACCAAGCAAAUAGAAGCAAACGGGCUGCUCAUUGAUAGAGCAGUGUACGGAAGUCUGGAAGCAUUGCAAAAACAAGACGGGACAAUACCACAUGGUGACACAACAUCAGAAGAAUUCAUCGAUGUCACAGUUCCUCUAAAUUUCUUGGUCAAUGAUUCCGGGCAGCUGAAGCUUCACAAGGGCGUGAAGAAGUCGGGGAUAAUGGGAUUCUAUGAUCCUUCCCCUGGAGAACCAAAGCAGUUGCUUGUUGAAUACACUUACCGGGGCCAAAAGUUCAAGGUGAUUGUCGAUGAUUAUGACGAGUUGUUAAUCCCCCAGCAUGCUCAUUUAGUCUGAUUAAACUCGUGGAGUUGCCUUUGAAAGCAAAUUUUGCACGCUUUUGGAUACAUGCGAUAUCUGAGGUAACUUGGAGAGGAGACGAGAUGACUUCACAUCAGAUGUUUGCAUUUUUAGGAUUUACAUCCAUUUACAGGUCGAAUAAUAAUGCUCCAUUUUGUCUUUUUAUUCAUUCCAAGUUAUUUCAGAGAAGCCAUUUUUCUGUAUGUUCCAGUGACUGUGAGGCUAUUGGCACAUUGUGCUGGGUCUCGCAAUUCAACCAAGGGUGAUAUAAACUUGACGAAGGACCCUACUUCUUUAAACAAGUUCAUCUGAACGUCUGUAAAUAUUAACACCAACAUUCAGCGAAAGAAACAAAAAAAAAAAAAAAAAAAUGGUAAGAAGGAAGAGCAAAUAAAGUGAUCAAAAUUAUUGUGUCAUUUGCAUGAUGAAAAAUCAGCUUCUUCAUAUUUGUACAACUGUUAUUAUCGAUAAGUGAAGUGAAUCUUGGAGCUAGCAGAGCGGCCUUGAAGCUGGGUUUCCAUUUCCAUCUUGGCUUCACAGAUAUCUUCUUCAACCUGAUCAGGAUCUCUGUAUUCAGCUACGGAAGAACUAAUUAACCAUUGGUCGCGGGUGUCGAUAAGUACUUGGUUCAAAGAAGGCGUGUUCGUGAUGAUGUAGGCAGCAAGUUCAAGUUGGAUUCUGCAAGGAGUAACAUAAGAUGCACAGAGCCGGUGCACCCCAUGCAGCUGAAGCACCUCCAGAGACUGGUGCUUCCAUGUCGACGACUCUGGCGCACUCGAGUUUUCGCUCUCCCAUCGUACUGAAUCGAAACCAUUGAUGAAAUGUAUCGACAGUUGGUGCAACACCGGAGCUGCCAUCAGCAGGACGGUGACGGUGGAAGCAAACAAAUUCUCCAGAGCGCAAUCUAUAUGUAUGAACAGAUCCAGCACCCUGAGCUUUUCAAACCACAACCACUCUGGCGGAGGGAGGCGAAGGUUAUUAAUCCCGAGUUCGAGCCCAAGGCGGUGCAGUCGUGGUGCGAACUUGUGGAACUGAAAGCUCGACAAUGGGAUGUAGCGGCGGAAGCUGGCAUCGAGGAUCCAUUGCCCACCAAACCAUGCCUCCCGGAGUCGAGGAAGGUGGUUCCCAAAUUCGACAUGUGAGCCACUUGCUCCGUUGAACUUGAAAGUACGAAGACUCGGAGCAGAGCUGAGCUCAAUCCUAACGAUACAAUCCUGUCCUUUAAACUCCAAGCUCAGCAUCUCCAGGUUGUUGCUCGAGCAUACUCUGAUAACCACCGUUUCUCCUUCACUGAAUCUGCAACCGCGUAGAGCAAAGCGUCUCAGUGACGGACAGUUGCGAGAGAGGAUGUAGGCGAUAGCUGCUGGAUCAAUCUUGGCAAUGCCCUUGAAUUCCAAGAUUUGGAGGCGGCUGAGGUCGUGUCCGGCGAGGAAAUCAGGGGUCAAGAGAGGGAAAGUGGCCCAAUUGUAGCAGUAGGACAUCAGCGUCAGUUCUUUUGCUCUUUUUGUUAACCCGAAUUCCACCCACCUCCAAGCUUCCUCUGUCAUCCCACACAAGUUGAAACCUAUUCUCAAGCCGUCCAAGUUUUGACGAUCAGCGAGCGAAGUCAGGGCUUGGUCGAUCAGAUUUGCGAAGCGGUGCUUUUCGCUGACCGUGAUACAGUUCCUACACCGUAACUCGUCGGACUUGACGAAUUCCAGAACCCCGCCACCGAUCGAUCGCCAUGUGUUCCUCCAUCGUUUAGACAACAGGCUGCUGCAUCUUACGAUUUCGUUCACCGUACCCAGAUGGGAAAUAAUCUUCAACACUAAUUCAUCCGGAAGUUCCCUCGACGGCGACGACAUUGGUUGGUUUGCU